CGCCAAAUAGCAUGUCAUAUUUUGCAUUGUCUAUAAUAUAAACAUCUAGUCAAAUUGAAACUAAUAAUGCCUUCCAGUCAGAAGCCAACUGUUGUGGUAUGCGGCGCCGGGCUGGUGGGGUGCCUUAUCAGUGCCAUACUAGCUAAGGAUGGGUAUGAAGUUAACGUGUAUGAAAAAUGGGGUGACAUGCGAGCCAAAGACUUUGUUGGCGGGCGCUCCAUCAACUUGGUCUUGACUGCAAGAGGCUUACGUGCACUGAACAUCCCUGGGUUGGAGGGUAUGCGAGAUGAUCUGCUGAAGAUAGCCACACCUGUAACCGGGAGAAUGAUGCAUUCGGUGGAAGGUGAUCUUACCUACACUGCGUAUGGUAAGGAUCCAGAGGAAUGCAACUUCUCCAUAUCCCGCUCGGAGCUGAACAAGUAUCUGAUGACAGAGGCGGAGAAAUCCGGUGUUAAAAUUCAUUUUUCACACGGCCUCAAGAAGGUCGACCUUAAGAACUCAGUCGCGCACUUUGAAGUAGCCAGUGGGGAAGUGGUAGAUGUGCAGUGCGACACCAUUUUGGGCUGUGAUGGUGGUGGUAGUGCUGUCAGAUACGCAAUGAGAGACCACGGGGUCACAAACUUUACCGAAGAUCUGCUGCCGGAUGGCUAUAAGGAGCUACAGUUCCCAAAGGACGUUUCUGGGUGUGAGGACAUGCGCGGUGAUGCUUUGCAUAUCUGGGCUCGAGGUACGCACAUGCUCAUGGGGUUAGCUAACCUGGACGGUUCGUUCACCGGUACAUUCUACAUGCCCAAAACCGGGGGAAAGGUGAGCUUUGAAGCUUUGACGGGUGAGGACAACAAACAGAAGCUUGCCGACUUCUUCACGGAAAGUUAUUCAGACGCCAUUCCGCUUUUGGGGGGUCUAGAGAAGAUCACAAAGGAGUGGAACGCGAACCCAGUCGGAAUCCUGGGAACCGUGCGAACAGAAAUGUGGAAAUUCGAGGACAAGGUGUGCCUGCUUGGUGAUUCUGCGCACGCGAUCGUGCCAUUCUUUGGUCAGGGUUGCAAUUCAGGUUUUGAAGACUGUCUCACAUUCUACAAGUUACUGAAGAAGCACGAAGGUAAUCUGAAGAGUGUUUACGACGAAUUCCAUGGCUUGCGCAAGCCUGCCGGAGACGCGAUCGCCAAUAUGGCGUUGGAGAACUACAUAGAGAUGCGUGACCUGGUCGCGAACGAAAAGUUUAUACUGAAAAAGCGUGUGGAAGGUGUGCUCACAUCUCACUUCGGGCCAGAAGUGUUCCGCUCGCGUUACCCCAUGGUGGUCUACAGCUCUGCUCCGUACAAUGUCGUCGAGAAAGUCGGUGUGGUCAUAGAUGACAUCGUGAGUGAAUUGUGUGAGGACCUAAAAAUACCGGAGGACGUCGAUCUAGAAAUGGCCAAACAGCUGAUAGAUACCAAGCUCAGCCCCACGCUUAAAGAAGGAAAUGUCGACCUAUCGGAAGACUGGCACUCGCUCUGAGUGCAGUGAGAAAGACAACAGUCACACGCGGUAGUUUUUUAUAAUAAAUUUUAUUUUAAUUCAUGAGCAGAGUAGUG